AUGGUUGAAGAAAACAAAAACGAGGAGAAGAAAACAAGGGAAAAUCCAUGUACGACCAAACAAUCCUCUAAGAAACGGAAUCGCAAAGAAGUUGCGAUUUUUGGAAACUACAGAAAUUACUAUGGAUACAGAGUGGGUCAGGACUUGGAGGAAGAUCCUAGAAUAAAGGUGUUGAAUAGGGAAUGGUUUGAAGGCAAAAAAUGCCUUGACAUUGGCUGCAAUAGUGGGUUGAUCACAAUCGCCAUAGCAAAAAAGUUUUGCUGCCAAAGCAUCCUUGGAGUUGACAUUGAUGGUGAUAGAAUUGAAGAUGCACAGUGGACUCUCAGGAAAGUUGUGAAGAUGAGUGCUCAUAAAUUACCUUCCAAGAAACCCAAAUCAGCAGAUACGGAUUUAAUUAAUGGGUUGCAGAACCAUAUGAGUAAAUCACCAACUGAAGUGACACUGGAGAAGUCUCCUGAUACUCCUCGUUUGCAGGGAGAAGAUCUCUUUGACAUAGUCUCUUUUCAGAAAGGAAAUUUUGUUCAGAAUUGGAGGCCACCGGAAGAUAACUACCAUACAAUUCUUUGUUUAAGCGUGACAAAAUGGAUACAUUUGAACUGGGGUGAUGAAGGAUUAAUCACUUUGUUUUGGAAAGUCUGGAAGCUUCUUCAACCGGGCGGUGUUUUCAUUCUGGAACCCCAACCAUGGAGCUCAUAUCAAAACAAUCGGCUUGUGUCUGAGACAGCAGCAGCUAAUUAUAAAACAAUUCAGAUACCUCCACAAGAUUUUCAGGACAUACUUCUAGACAAGAUUGGAUUCCGCAGCGUAGAGAACUUAACUUCCCAAUUAUCUGGUAGCAAGUCUGGAUUUAACAGACCAAUAUUAGCUUUCUGGAAAUGA